AUGUGGAAUGAGGAUGAAGAUAAGAAGAACUACAUUGUGUUUCAUAUUUUAAUUCACCAAAAGAUUGUGCUAACAGCUUUUGUUUUAGGUAGAUGGGAUUGUAGUGAUGCAUCAGAUGAACAAAAACUGUUAACAAUCAAAGAAUUUUCGAAACAUAAUCUUAGAAUAUUGAAUUUAGCUGAAAUGCAACAAAAGUGUUUUUUACAUUACAGAACUCAACCAUUUUCAAUGCUGUGUAAUAUAUCAACAGAAUAUCCAUGCUUAUUAGCAAAUGUAAGUAACCCAUAUAAUUUCACUGAGAAUCGUCCGUGUAUAAAACUAUCAAAAAUUGGUGAUGAUGUUAGUGAUUGUUAUGGAGAUUUAGAUGAAAGAAAUAUUUUAGCAAAUUGCUAUGGCAGACAAAAAGGUUAUGAUUUCAAUUGUCUAACGAUUGAGAAUAAUCUAUGUAUUACAACUGCAAAUUUAUGUUAUUCUACUAGAUGUUUAAAUGAAGAAGAUUAUACAAUCUGUUCUUAUUUAACCAAAGCCUGCCAUGGAGAUUUAUAUUUCAGUUGUAUUAAUCAAACUUGUUUGAAAGACGUCCGUUGCAAUGGAAAAAUUGAUUGUGAAUAUGGCGAAGAUGAAUACUGGUGCCGUGAAGAUAUAGUCUAUAGAAAUGGUAAAUUCUCUCACUUGCUUAAUCUUGAAAAACUGAAACACUUAUUAUAUUAUCCGCCUUCCAUACCUAUUAACCAAUCAAUUUCUAAUACAGUGAAAAAUCAACAACAUUCUAAUUAUAGUAGCAUCCUAAUAAAAAAAAUAUCUCAAAUCUGUAACCGUGGUGUUGCUAUUUUCCAUUAUAUUACGCAAAAAUGGAUAUGUUUUUGUCCGUCUAGCUAUUACGGCCUAUAUUGUAAUUUUUUUAGUGAUCGUAUUACUAUCAUCACACAUUUAGAGUUAACUUAUUAUUCGAUCAAUGACAAUACAACGAUUAUCAAAAUAGUCAUAAGUUUUUAUUUUCAUGAGCAACUACUUGAUUUUCAUCAAUUUCAUGUCACACCAACAGCUGAACGAGGGGAUAAUUAUAUUAAACAUAAAUUUUCUUUUCUUUAUGCGAGAACUGAUGCAAUGAUUAAAAAUAAACAACGUCGUUACUUUAAUCGAACUGACAUUAAACAAAAUCAUCCAUAUUCAAUUCGAUUCGAAGCAUAUGAACUGACCAGAAAUUUAACAGUAGAAUUACUCAACGUCUGGCAAUAUCCAAUUUAUUUUGAUUACUUACCAGCAUUUCGUUUUGCUAAGGUAUUACGUCUGAAUCAAACGAAUGACUCAUGCGUCGAUACUAAUCGUUGUGGUAAAAAUGGAUUUUGUCAUCGUUUAACAAAUUCUAAUGAAACAUAUUAUUGUGCUUGUAAAAGUGGCUACUAUGGUGUUUUCUGCGAGUACUUUGAUGAUCGGUGCUCAUCGUUUUGCUCCGCUCUCUCUAUAUGCAAACCACAAAAUUUUAAUAAACAAGCUUUAUGUAUAUGUCCAUUGAAUCAUUUUGGUUCAACUUGUCAUUUAAAAUAUAAUCCAUGCGAUGAAUUGCACUGUUUAAAUAAUGGUACAUGUUUGACUGUUCAUAAUUAUAUUGAUAUAUUUGAAUAUAAAUGCUUAUAUCCAAGAAAAUAUUAUGGAAAGAAUUGUGAAUUGGAGAAAUUUGCCGUUCGCAUACAAUUUAAUAUCACUAUGACAACAAAAUUAAGUAACAUUCGUGCAGCUUUAAUACACUAUUAUGAUUUAACUCCCAAAAUAUUUGAUUUGAUAAUAAAAGAACAGCAACUAUUUAAUAAAAUACCACAAAUAUCAACGUUCGAUCAUGAUCAAACACUUUCGCCAUUAUUGAGUAUAAUUCGUUUAUACAAAGAAGAAUAUGAUCCAUUUAUGUAUUUGUUAUACAUCAGAGAAAAUGAAAAAAUCAUUAAUAUAACAAUUGAUUUGUCAAAAGAAAAUUAUUGUCCUCACACGCGUCUGUUAUUUGAAUUAUCAAAAUCUGAAUUUAAUUUAAGUAUAUCUGUUUCAAAAUAUCAUCAGCUUUGUCAAAGUCGAUCGAUAUUAUGCUUUCAUGAUGAUAAUUAUUUUUGCAUAUGUCAAGCAAAUUUUUACCGUGCUGCAUGUUUUCGAUAUGAUUCAACAGCUGAUCGAUGUGCUCAUUGUCUGUUACAGGGACGCUGUGUUCAGGGACAAUUGAAAAGUGUCUCUGAUUUUCUAUGUGUUUGUUCUCGGUGUUAUUACGAUCAUUUAUGUCAAUAUAGUACAGAAGUAUUUAGUUUCACCGUCGAUUCUCUCAUCGCCCACGAUAUCAUUAGCAGCAGAAAAAAAAUAUCCAUUAGCAUUUACGUGCUUAUAUCAUCACUUGCUUUUUUGCUUGGAUUUGUUAAUAAUAUAUGUAGUUUUCUAACAUUUAAACAACCAAAACCAAGAGAAUAUGCUGCUGGUAAUUAUUUAUUAAUAUUAUCUAUUUUUAAUCAAUGUUCAUUAUUCAUAUUACUGGUAAAAAUAAUUCAUACUGUACUCAAUUUAAAUGGUAAUCUGUUCAAUACUCUAUUGAACUUGUACAUGUGUAAAAUUAUUUCUUAUUUAUUGUCAGUACUGACUCGAAUCAAUUAUUGGUUAACCAGUCUGAUUACUAUACAUCGUCUAGGAUUAGUUCUUUAUCCAACAAAAUUGUCAAUUAAAUCACCGAAAUAUGCUUUCAUCUCGGCAACGAUCGUUAUUUUUGUAUUAUUUGUUUUUCACAUACAUGAAUUAUUUUUCUACAAGCUUAUUGAUGAUCCAAAACAAAUAUCGGCUACACUAUGUGUUCCAAACUAUACGCCGUAUCAAUGGUCAGUGUACAAUCGUUUCAACGUAAUGUUUCAUUAUCUUGUACCUUGCACAAUUCAAAUAAUUACCAUUGUAGUUCUAAUUAUUGCUACUGCUCGUAAUAAAGCCAAAAUAAAUACCAAACAUACACAACAAAAAUUAAUAAUGAACCAGUUGAAUAUUAAUAAAGAAUUAUUUAUAACUCCUAUUAUUAUUCUUGCAAGUGCUUUACCGCAAGCUAUUCUAGCCUUUACUUAUGCAUGUAAAGAAUUAGUUGAACCGUGGCAACGUUAUUCUCUUCUAACUACAUAUUUUCUGUCAUAUUCACCACAAGUACUUGGUUUUCUUUUGUUCGUGUUGCCAUCAACAACGUAUAAAGAAGAAUUUUAUAAAACAAAAUUAGCACAGAUACUAUCUAUAAAAUGA